AAGUUGGUUAAACUAUGAAUAAUUUUUUCACUUCUUUCUCCCUUAAUGGUGUCUCUUAAAUCUCACAUCAGAUUAGAAAGACUGAACAAAGCUUGUUAAACCCCACCCCCAUUUUUCAUCCUAUUUCUAUUUUUCCCCUAGAACAUAUUUGUUAUCUAUCAAUUUAGUCCCUUAUUCUCUUUUAAUCCUAACCCUUGAUCUAGAAAGGCUAUUGAUCUUAAACUGCCAUGUGGCAGCUCUCAGAUCCCUCUUUCCUUUCAUCUCUGCCCGAAACUCAUCUCAGAAUCUCAAUGCUCUCUUUCUUUCGGUUUCUUCUCUCUCUCUCUCUCACACUCUCUAAGCUCCGAGAGCUUCUCUCUAGCUUUCACCUCACUUCCCUCACAAAUCAAACCCAAAAAACCAUAUAUUUGGGAUCCUUGAGACUUAACGAACUCAACGAUACCCUUGCAUGCGCCAUCUUAGCACCGUGGGUUUUUCUGCCAUUGAAGCCGAGAGCUUCAAAGCUCUAAAACUCGAACCCAGCUCCGACGACGAACUCCGACGAGUUCGAGGUCCAUCUCUUCCCAAAACCUGCUGCAGUGCGUCCAGGGACACUUAUCGCAACGUUUCUGUCUUCACUAGUGGCGCAGCUUUUGAUGGAGUAUCUGUCUUAGAAACGAGGCAUAGAAUCCCGGCAUUAAGGUACUUCCGCAGCGGCAUCUUCGAGUCCUCUCGGGCUUUUGUAUCAAUUAAUGGCUUUCGUCACCCUCGGGUGUCGGCCAGCACGUGUCUACCCUGAUAUUCGGGGAAAUAUCGGGGUCGGGGCGUGUCAAAGCUGGCCGAAUUGUUUAUUGGGAAUUGUUAUCAGCGCGCUAAAAUACUGAAUGCAAGGGAAUGUAUUUUUAUCGGGUAGAACUAAAAGCAGGAUAGGUAAGGAUAAAUAUAUGCAGAUGAAUGUCGAGCGCUCAUUUGUCGGA